UUAGAGGUCUGGGAAAGACUUAACCUCCCCCCAACCACAUCCACAAUGGCCCAGGAACGUGCUCCGGAAGUAUCAUGCCCCUCAUGCUCAACGCUUGGGAGACUCAUUCCAUUCUAACACUUGGCUUCCUUGCAGUCUCCGCCUCGGCUGCGUUGCCCCGACUUCCAGACUGACACCUCCAACGAACCAACCCAUCUCUUUCCACGAAUAAUGCGAAUACAUUAGCAACAGCUGGGCCAUCCUCUUCUCUCAACAUAUAAGCCCACCGAGAAGUCUCCACUGCGCAAAGCAAACAGGACAAGAUUUAUAUGACUGAUUAUAGGAUAGCUUCACCCCUAACUCCACCACCGAAGCUCGGUGCUUUCGCCAAGCUCGAGCCCGAGUUCACUGCUCGCGGCGUCAAGCUUAUCAGCCCAAGUACUAACAGUAUCAAGUCCCACCAAGCCUGGACCAAGAAUAUUAAUAGGAUUCAUAGCUCUAGUCUGAAAUUAUUCAUUGUCUCUGACCUCGAGUGCAAGAUUAGCUAUAUCUACAAUACAGUUGACCAACAGGACACUGCCAACAUCUAUAUCAAGAAUAUAUCCAGGAUAUCCUAUCGAGAAAUCCUGUACCCUAGCAAGAAGAUUUAUCUAAUUAUAUUCUACCCCGCCUCCACUUCUAGUUAUAACACCGCCGAAAUCCUCUAUAUUAUGAAUGCUCAGCCCAGGAGAACUUCGGCGAUGAUUCCAGACGAGAUGUGUUAG